AUGGUUUUAGAAGAUCCUGAAGAGGAACCUGCCCUGGCUGCUGUCAAGGUGGCCAGUCUGCUUUGGGGGUUACAGGAAACCCUGCAGAAGAGUAAAGUAAGGAUCACCUUCUUGGUGUUGGCCCAGAACAGUCUGUUCAGGGGUGGAACUGUCUCCAACUGUGCUUCUACCAACGUUUUGCCCAUUUUUGGCUUUGGAUUCCACGAGCCAGGAGCCUCACAGCUCAGCAUCCACAGCUCCUGGGGGGAGCAGAGCCCUGGGAAGGGUGGCAGAGAGAACAGCGGUCACCAAGGAGAGGACAAACUGGAGGAUGCAAGCAUCCCAGGCUCAGGCCACAAGUACUACCUGCAGUUCACCACCGAAGACUACAAAACUGGGGAAGAUGCUGGGAGCUGCCUUGCUACAGUGUUGUAUCCAAAGAAAAAGUCCCCACCUGUUGUCACUAUCAAGUGUGUGCCUGCCAAAGACCAGAAGGAAAUUCAAGAAGAGGACAACAGAAUUUACAAAAAAAUUAGGCACCAAACCAAACCAAUACACGGAAACUAUAUUCCAGACAGCUAUGGAAUCAUCAGCCCUGCCCUAGAGCCAGUGUGGGCUUUGGCUGUUGUUGGCAGCAGUUACAUCAUGUGGGAGAAGUCAACAGAGAACGUGGGGUACUUCAUGGCACAAGUCAAGUCCGUGCAGCAGUGGAUGAGAAAAGAUGAUUUUGUUGAGUUUGACUACACUGUCCUACUCCAUGAACUCCCAACACAGGAAAUUAUCUCAUGUCACAUGCGCCUCACCUGGCUCCCCAGUCACCCUCUGAAAGUGAAAUACUUCUGUGCUCCUGAGAGGGAGGAGCUCGACGAUGGGUCUGGAACGGGAUCUGGAUCAGCUGCUGGGAUUUCACAGGAGAGGGGAGCAAAUUUCUAA